AAGCCAUGACGAAUCGAACGGACCGUGAAUGAACGAUUUUGGCCGUCGUACUCCUGGGCUAUGUCGCCACGAAUGAAGCUACCUUUCACACGAUUUGUACUCUGCCUACUGUGCUCGUGAUGCCAAACUACUGUGUUGUCUGUGGGCUCUCUAAGUCAAGUGACCCUACCAUAUCACUAUUUCGUCUACCUAAAGAACCAGGGAGGAGAAAAUUGUGGCUAGAUAAUCUUGGUUUUUGAUGAACAAGGUGUAACUACAGAAUCUCGUGUAUGCUCGAGACAUUUUCGUGAUGGAAACCCCCCAAAAUGCUCCCUCUCUCGACAUCGGAAAGGAAUUUUCCGAGAGACCAACCAACAUAACACCUAGAGGAAAACGCCAUGCUUCACGUGAGAUAGCUAAAGUUCAGUUAGCUAAACGUUCUUGUACUCAUACAUCUCCUACAUCAGCUGUGUCACCUACAAGUAGUCUCCCAUCUCCACUAUCACUAGCCUCUACACCUUCA